AUGGUCUCCUUCUUCAGCUGGGGCUCCAGCUCCAAAUCAGACUCAGACACCCCGAAGCCUCAGGAGUGCAUCAACACCAUCCUCCCCCCACAGCCGCCCUCCCAGCCGCCGCAAUUAGCGCAACAAUUCGCGUCCCAAGAUAAUACCAACCUCAAACUGUUCUGCGGAGGCUUGGCCUUCUUCGCCCUCUCUCUAUACAUCACCCGUCGUGCGACUAUCAGGAGGCGCCUCGCCUGUAUGCCCCCCUUCUACUCAAGCUCGGUAUACUUUCAACCCAAUGUGAAUGGGGCCAUGGAAGCUUUCGAGGCCCUGAACCUGGCUACGAUCAAUGUGAUCUCGUUCAGCAUGAUGGCCUCGGGUGGAGUCAUGUGCGCUCUCAACGUCAAUAGCUUAGAGGAUAUGCGGAAGGUCAUGCGCGGGAGUUUGGAAGGAGUUGCGGCUGGCAAGUCCGAUGAGGAGCUGGAGAAGGAGGUGGCCGAGUGGGUUUCCAGUGUACUUGGUGACCGGUUUGACAAGCAGCUGGAGAAGGAGAAGGCGAAAAAGCGAACAGUGGACCCCAAAGAGGAGACAAGUUGA